AGAGAGAGAGAGAGAGAGGGAGCUCACACACAAUCAGCGUGCGUGAUAGGGAGAGGGAAGCGGGUAAGAGAGCAAUUGUUGCUGAAGCUAUUCCAGUCCGGUCCAGGGAGGUGUAGCUGGUUUGGAUAUGGCGGAUUAAGAGGAGCUUGGCAGAAGAAAGGAACACCUAAAGAGCUGAAGGAGAUGGAAACACUCGAGGAGCAAACCCACCACACACACAAGUUCACGAGUGUGGCACCAGCACCUUGGCAGAGAGCUGCGUGUUUUCCUCUGUAGGCGGGGUGGCUCCAUCCCUCUCUGUUCUCCUGCUGGGAAGUUCCCUCGCCACCGCGUCCGAGCCGGGAGGGCCAGAAUGAGGAGCACGGGGUGGCCGCGGCUUCCGGGCAUCGUCCUCCUGCUCCUCGCGUGUCCUCUGCUGGACGUCCUGCACGAGGUGGCCUGCAAGGCCGAUGGCAGCUACCUGGCUGACGCUGCCCCUGGCAGGUGCAUGAGGCACCAUUUUGUCGAGACCAUCACACACCCCAUCUACAAGUGCACUUCCAAGAUGGUCUUGCUGGCACGCUGCGAGGGUCACUGCAGCCACACGUCCCGCUCCGACCCCCUCGUCUCCUUCAGCUCCGUCCUCAAACAGCCGUUCAAGAGCACGUGCUUCUGCUGCCGCCCGCACACAUCCAAACUGAAGGCGGUCCGUCUGCGGUGCUCGGGCGGCCUGCGGAUAACAGCCACCUACCGCUACAUCCUCGCGUGCAGCUGCGAGGAAUGCAACUGAUGGCGCUCGCCGAGGAGGGACUGGCCCGGGUUUCAAACGGUUCCGUGUUUUGUGUAUUUCAUUGCUGUCCGUAUUAGCAACACGAUUUCGCAGUUCAUUACCGGCACCUGGGCCUAAAUGUGUUUGCCAGCUGAAUCAUUCCUAAUGCAUUCCAUCGCUUUGAUCGCAGAAUGAGGAAAAAUGACACAUGCCGGCAGUGAUGUUGCAGUUAUGAGAGAACGAAGAUAUCGUGUCCGUUGUGGGCCGGAGACGUUCCCCAAAAAAGCGGGAGAACUCUUGGGAAUGGCAGGCUGGAGCAGUGCCGGGGAAUUGUCUCUGCCGCAGCUGCUGAACAGAGCGGCGGGCGCUGCAGCUGAAGGAGAGACGCCCGUCUUGUUGCGGCAGCUUCGUGACACAUGUUCAGACUUCAAGAAGGGUCCGGCCCUUUCGGGCUCUGUUAGUUCUGAGUAAUUUGUGUAAAGUCGCGUUUGUCACGUGAUUGCUUAUAACUGCAUAGCACUGUUCCGUUAGCUUUUGUUGAGAUGUUUGCUUUCAGUGUGAGUGCCAGGUGAGCCAUAUGGUGUUGAUGUGCAAAGCAAAAUAUGUUAUAAUUACAGCUCAAGCACUCUGAAGUCAGUGAAAUAUAACCACUUUGUAUGAAUCUGGUCAAGGACGAUGUCUACAGUACAGAGAGGAGAAGUAAGUUGUCAAAUUAAAAGAUCGUCAUGCGUCUUUAAAACCAGACAAAUGCGGUGCGCUGCUUCAAGACAGCCGCAUUCCACCGGUCUCUGCUAACAGAUGAUAUACAGCCUUCUAUGAAAUGCUUUGUCCUGCUUUGUUGAAACUGUACCCCUUGAGAUAUUGCACAGUUUGUUUGCUGGACACAUUUGUAAUCAAUAACAAUAGUGACAGCUCCACAUAUGAAACUAAUAAAUGGUUUCCUUUUGUUUCUACAGA